UGCACUUUUACUACGCUACGGCCAGUGCAUUUUCUGACGUCGCAAACUAUGACAUUUGAGGCCACAUUCAUUCCGCGACUCACUCAUUCUCCAGCACCCAGCUCUCCACUCUCCAGGCAUUCUCAGAUCUCCAACAUGCAGCAGUAGCCGAUAAGCGCUAAGCGCUGAGCUGUCAUCUAUCAUUAUGUACCUUUCAUUAACUAUUGCCGGCACACGUUGUAAUGCACCUAGGCCCCCAGAGGGAUGGCGUUUCCCAGGUAUCGCAAUUGCUAUUAUUCCCUUGUACUUUUUUCGGGUCCAGUAUCCUCGCGGCGCUCUCACCCAUAUACCCUUUGUCCUCAAAACACAGCUCUGGGCUUCAGCUUCAGCUCGGUAACAUGCCCUCCAUCCCCCAGGUUACCGCUGCUCUCGCCACCCGAUCACUUCUGUUCCACGCACCGCUGGGUAAAUCCCGUUUCAGCUUAGACACAUCCGGCGUCGCUGGUGUAUUCGGUGGCGAGGAGGCAGUCUCUGCUAUGGCCACCGUACAUGUCUACGAACACAGGAAGUGGUUGGGGUGGUACAAUUCUCCUGGCUCGUAUGAGAUUGCCCAGCGUUAUGGCAGACUUGCCAGGUCAAAAUUCUUCGACGGUCUCUUCCCAGGUGUUCACGCGGACCCCGCCACACUCUUCGAGUUGGAUGGCUGGGUAGGUCCCAAAUUCAGAGCUGCGCACUCCGGAACUGUUAUCGACGAGACGAGUCAUUUGGCGGCAUUGUUGAUGAAGGAAUGCUCAGACAUGCCUGGCCUGGAAGUGCAGGGCAGGAAGACACGACCUGUUGGCGUCACUAUUGCUGAACUUCGUCAUAUCCCUAGCCUCGAAGAAUAUCCCGCUCAAUUCCGCACUCUUGCACCCAUCUACGCCAGUGUGCCCAUUCUAGUCAGCUUCAUCACAUGUGUUAUGUGCCUUCUAGUUAGCGAUUGGUUCUCCUUCUCCAUGAUCCUGCUUGGCAUCAUCGUCAGCGGCAUAUCUUGCCUUGUGAUCGGCUCCGGGACGUUUCUCUUCACACACCCUGAACCUGCAGAAGGAUCCCCCCGCGGAGAUGGUAUCCUCUGUUCUGACAAGGAAAUUAUCGUUUUGAGGGGAGAAGAGGCUGCAGUAAACUCGAUCACUCGUGGCAGGUUCUCUUUGCGAUUCGACAGCGAGCCUCAUUACCAGAACAUUGGGUGGUGCUCCGUUUUGCUGAUGAUUCAAUUCAUCGCGCAAUUGCUUCUCAUUCCUCAGGGUACUCUCUUCGGCCAAAUGAUGUUCGUUGCGUCCCUCGCAGUCUCAUGGGCGUACAACCUAUGGCUGUCCGCGUUUGACAAGGAGCAGAUCCAGAGAGAUAUCCUCAUGAAGAACGUUCUUCGCAAUCCGCAGCUCACUAAAUACGAACUUGGCACCCGCACCAGUAUGGUGGUGUUUGUUCUUCUUGUUUUGCAGGCAGAAGAGGCGGACAAGAUUGUGAAUUCUCUCCUGCCUAAUGACACCAAGGCAUGGAGGAAGUGGAAGGACGCCAUCACCAGUCGAAUCAAAAGCGCUAAAGACUUCCACUUUGACCAGGCCGACUGGAACGAUGAUAGCUUCACUGAUGGAGAUAGACGGCUGUUGAGAACUCUCUUCCAAGACGCACAGGACGCCUAUGCGGGCUUCAAGAGGCUACCACAGGGCGUCAGACUACAAAAGCUUAUGAACCUAACGACCGGGAUGCGCUUAUCACCUCCCCCUGCGUUUAAGAUACCGCUUGUCUCGGUAUACCUCUGUUUCUGCUACACUUGCUCAUACCUCGUACACUAGGCCAUUUUGCUUUUUUGAUUUGAUGGACUGAUACCGCUAGCACGCAC